AGAAAGAGGAGUGAGGGGCGCGGCCGACCCUCAGGGGCCUCCAUCCCACCCCGCCUCCCUCAGGCGAAGAGGGCGCGGAGACUCCGCUGGGGGCGGAGGAGGAGGCCGGGAGGCGGGGAGUGGGGGGGGAGGCAAACCCUGCCCACUCGGCUCGGAGCCCGGAACGGCCGCGGAAGUCGGAGGCUGGCGCGCAGGCCGAGCAGGGCACGGGGGUUGGGGGGCACGGCUCCCCGCCUGACCCCUCACCCCUCCCUGUCACUCCAGCCCAGCCCAGCCAGAAGAGUGAAGGCUUCUUAGGCUUUCGAGACAGCGGACAAAUCAAAGGAGACCGCCAAGCCGCUCCGGGUCAAGGACUUGCCCCGCCUGUGGCCCCCCUCCCACACACCAGGCGCUCCCAACUCACUGGUGAGCGCGGUGGCCCGGGUGCUGGAUGCGGGGGCGGCUGCGAUGGCCCCGCACGCGGGACAGCCCGUGCUCCGGCGACCGAUGCUGCCGGGGCUGCUGCUCGUGGCGGCGGCGUUGAGCCGGCCCGCCGCGCCCUGCCCCUUCCAGUGCUACUGCUUCGGGGGCCCCAAGCUGCUGUUGCGUUGCGCGUCGGGCGCCGAGCUCCGGCAACCGCCGCGGGACGUGCCGCCUGACGCGCGCAACCUCACCAUCGUGGGCGCCAACCUGACGGUGCUGCGCGCCGCCGCCUUCGCCGGCGGGGACGCAGACACGGCCGGGGACCGGCAGCAGGAGGGGGCGGCGGCAGCCACGGGCGUGCGCCUGCCGCUCCUGACCGCGCUGCGCCUCACGCACAACAACAUCGAGGUGGUGGAGGACGGCGCCUUCGACGGGCUGCCCAGCCUGGCGGCGCUCGACCUCAGUCACAACCCGCUGCGCGCUCUGGGCGGCGGCGCCUUCCGCGGGCUACCCACGCUGCGCUCGCUGCAACUCAACCAGGCGCUGGCCCGGGGCGGCCCGGGGCUGCUGGACUCCCUGGACGCCGCGCUCGCCCCGCUGGCCGAGCUGCGCCUGCUGGGCUUGGCCGGGAACGCUCUGAGCCGCCUGCCUCCCGCCGCGCUGCACCUGCCGCGCCUCGAGCAGCUGGACGCGCGCCACAACUCGCUGCCGGGCCUGGGCCCCGACGAGCUGCGCGCCCUCGAGCGCGACGCCGGCCUGCCGGGGCCGCGCCUGCUGCUGGCCGACAACCCGCUGCGCUGCGGCUGUGCCGUGCGUCCCCUGCUGGCCUGGCUGCACAACGCCACGGAACGCGUGCCCGACGCGCGGCGCCUGCGCUGCGCCGGCCCGCGGGCGCUGCACGACCGGCCCUUGCUGGACCUGGAGGAGGCGCGGCUGCGCUGCGGGCACGCCGACGGGCGCGGGGAAGAAGAGGAAGUGGCCGGCCCGGAGCUGGAAGCUUCCUAUGUGUUCUUCGGGCUGGUGCUAGCGCUCAUCGGCCUCAUCUUCCUUAUGGUGCUCUAUCUGAAUCGGCGCGGCAUCCAGCGCUGGAUGCGCAACCUGCGCGAGGCGUGCCGGGACCAGAUGGAGGGCUACCACUACCGCUACGAGCAGGACGCCGACCCGCGCCGCGCGCCCGCCGCGCCCGCAGCCUCGCGCACCGCCUCCCCAGCCUCCGGCCUCUGAGCUGCUGCGAGCUCGCGCCGGGCCCGCUGCCCACCUCCAUCGGCCUGGGACCUUGGGGACUCUGAUGGGACUCCUGCUGGACGGUUCCCAGCUGCACCCCUCGCCCUGUUCCCAGGGCGCUGUCAAGCUCCAAGACCCAGCGACCUCUCACCCCCUCUCCGUUCUGGAUUGCAGAAAC